AUGAUUGCGAAGAAACCUGGGCGGCAGAUUUAUGAAGAAGAGGAACCAUCUCAUGCCUUUGAUGGAGCCCCGAAAUCAGUGUGGAUCAAUAAGGCGGUGCGCGAGGUUUCGGGGGAGCAUAGAGUGGGAGCUGGUAAUGCUCCCAGCCAGCGGGAGAUCAAGAUGGACCAGGAACGGCCGAAAUUUGACAGGCGGAUGGAGCGGGAGCAGGGUGGGAAAGCUGCUCACCUACCUGCUGCCAAUAAUAAAAGUUCCAUGCGAAAUAGCCCCCGUGGCUUUUCCGUUGCGAAGUCGCCGAGAAUGCGAGCUGGGAAGGGUAAUAGGCAGGAGCUGCAGCCUAAAUCGACCCGACAGGGGAAUGGGGAUAUGGGCCGAACUCGUGCGGCUGAGACCCUCACUGGAAAGCAGACCCGACCGGGGUUGAGGAAGGCUGAGUGA